UAACCGAGUUUCAGUUCCAAAAUAACAACAUCGGCAUUAUUAAAAAAUAUCUAGGAAUCCGAAAAUGGGUAUUUUUAGUUCGUGCGAUUCAACUCAUGUAGCAACGGCUAAGCUGAUUCUUCAGGACGGAAGGUUACAGGAGUUCCCUUAUCUUGUUAAGGUGUCUUAUGUAUUGCAAAGGAACCCAAUGUGUUUCAUAUGCAACUCAGAUGAAAUGGAGUUCGAUGACGUCGUAUCGGCUAUCGAGGAAGAGGAGGAGCUUCAACCCGGUCAACUUUACUUCGCUUUGCCCUUGAGUUGGCUUAAACAUCCUUUACAACCCGAAGAGAUGGCCGCAUUGGCUGUCAAAGCUAGCUCUGCUUUAAUGAAAAGUGGUGGCACUGAAAAAUCCGGAUCUAGACGUAAAACUGUUAUUCCUUUUGCCUUCUCCGACGAGUCUCCUCGCCGGAAAGUUGUCUCCCCUCUCAGCGGUGGUGGUGAGAAGAGAGGGAGGGGAAAGUUCAGGGCUAUGCUGAGUGAUAUUCCUGAAUAGGGAGGGGGUCAUUUUGGGAAAUAACGGUGAUAUAUUUGUAAAUAUAUAAUGAUAUUGAGUUAAUUUUAGUCAAAUAUUGGUGCAAUUCGAGGUGGUUGACCGU